AUGGGGGAUUUCAACUCUUAUCUCAGGGCUGAGGAGAAGACUGGGGGCCUUGACCCUCACUGGAUUUCAAUGAGAGAUUUCCAGAAUUGCCUAGUAGACUGUGAUCUUUCAGACAUUGGGUUCAAAGGUCCAAGCAUUACUUGGAAGAGUGGAAAGCUAUUUGAGAGACUAGACAGGGCAUGUAGCAACGGGAAUUGGAACGUGAGAUUUCCUAACAGAUUUCUAUCCCAUCUUCUGUUCUAUAGCUCAGAUCAUCGUCCAAUUAUCCUCCUCAAUGGGACACCUCCUAGGGGCACUAAUAGCACUAGACCUUUCAGGUUCAUGGCUUCUUGGUUAACCUGUGAUUCUUUUCCUGGUAUUGUUAAUAAAUGUUGGGGAGAGGAAACAAACUGGAUUGAAGCUAGCGAGAAUUUCAAGGCUGAAACUUCAAAAUGGCACAAUGAAACAUACAAGGAAGCUAACCGUAGGAAAUUCUUGUUACAUGCCAGAAUUAAAGGUAUAGAUGAGAGGCUGAGCAGGUAUCAUGAUUCUGAGUUAGAAGCCAUUCAGAUUAACCUUUGGAAAGAGCUUAAUGAAAUCUACAUGCAUGAGGAAAUCCUUUGGUUCCAAAGAUCGAGAUGCAAGUGGUUAAAGUUUGGGGAUAGAAACUCAAAAUUCUUUCAUUCCACAACAAUUGCAAGACGUAGAGCGAACAUAAUUGAUUCUUUAAAGGAUGAGAAUGGUAAUUGGAUAGGAGAACCUGAUCUUCUGGUCAACAUGAUUGCUCAUUAUUUCGAGAAACUUUACUCUGAAGAGAACACUUGCAAACCUGCUUUCCUAGUGAAAGGUGCCUUCCCCACUCUCUGA